UAUGCGCGCGCGUGUGUGUGUGUGUGUGUGUGCGAGACGGGGUGCGAACACGCCUUCGGGGACCCGAGGGAUACUGCGGUGGGCUUCUCCCCAGCCUCAGCCGGGCAGCUGCUCAGCCCCGCAUCUAUUGACUACGCCUCAGCGGAAGUAGCCCGGCUCUUUCAUCCUCCCCAGCCAGCCUCAGCAUCCUUAGCAUCCGAUCUCACUUUUUUCUUUCACCCACCCGGGCGGGCCUGCUGGUCACCCCCUUAACCGGUGCAAAUACCCAAGCAGUGUCUGGUGCUUUCUUCAGCUGGUAUUUUCCCACCUGUCUUUCUUUGAGGUUCCUUACGGAGUCAGUCCAAGGCUCCCCAUCCUUGCAAAGUGUCCUGUUUGUCUGCUGUACUGACGCGCUGUAAAGCUUGAAGACUUUAUUAUCAUUAUCAUUAUUAUUAUUCUGAUUCGUUUAAUUUCAUUCCCUUCUGGGCAACGGAGCAAUGAAAUUUCCAAUCGAGACGCCAAGAAAGCAGGUGAACUGGGAUCCUAAAGUGGCCGUGCCCGCAGCAGCCCCACCAGUGUGUCAGCCCAAGAGCGCCACUAACGGGCACCAUCCUGUUCCGCGCCUCUCCAUUUCCUCCAGAGCCACGGUGGUAGCCAGGAUGGAAGGCGCCUCCCAGGGGGGCCUGCAGACGGUUAUGAAGUGGAAAACGGUGGUUGCCAUCUUUGUGGUUGUGGUUGUUUACCUCGUCACGGGCGGCCUUGUCUUCCGGGCACUGGAGCAGCCCUUUGAGAGCAGCCAGAAGAACACCAUUGCUUUGGAGAAGGCAGAAUUCUUGAGGGAUCAUAUUUGUGUGAGCCCCCAGGAGCUGGAGACCCUGAUCCAGCAUGCCCUUGAUGCUGACAAUGCAGGAGUCAGUCCACUUGGAAACUCUACCAACAGCAGCAGUCACUGGGACCUUGGAAGUGCCUUUUUCUUUGCUGGGACUGUCAUCACUACCAUAGGGUAUGGGAACAUUGCUCCAAGCACCGAAGGAGGCAAAAUCUUUUGUAUUUUGUAUGCCAUCUUUGGGAUUCCACUUUUUGGUUUCUUAUUGGCUGGAAUUGGAGACCAACUUGGAACGAUCUUUGGGAAAAGCAUUGCAAGAGUGGAGAAGGUCUUUCGAAAAAAGCAAGUGAGUCAGACCAAGAUCCGAGUCAUCUCAACCAUUCUGUUCAUCUUGGCUGGCUGCAUCGUGUUUGUGACGAUCCCUGCUGUCAUUUUUAAACACAUCGAGGGUUGGACAGCCUUGGAGUCCAUUUACUUUGUGGUGGUCACUCUGACCACAGUGGGCUUUGGUGAUUUCGUUGCAGGGGGAAAUGCUGGCAUCAAUUACCGAGAGUGGUAUAAGCCCCUGGUGUGGUUUUGGAUCCUUGUUGGCCUUGCUUACUUUGCCGCUGUCCUCAGUAUGAUCGGAGACUGGCUUCGGGUUUUAUCCAAAAAGACAAAAGAAGAGGUAGGUGAAAUCAAGGCCCAUGCAGCUGAGUGGAAAGCCAAUGUCACUGCUGAGUUCCGAGAGACAAGACGGAGGCUCAGCGUUGAGAUCCAUGACAAGCUGCAGCGGGCAGCCACCAUCCGUAGCAUGGAGCGCCGGAGGCUGGGCCUGGACCAGAGGGCCCACUCACUGGACAUGCUGUCCCCCGAGAAGCGCUCUGUCUUUGCAGCCCUGGACACAGGCCGCUUCAAGGCCUCAUCCCAGGAAAGCAUCAACAACCGACCUAACAACCUGCGUCUCAAGGGGUCAGAGCAACUUAACAAACAUGGGCAAGGUGCUUCUGAGGACAACAUCAUUAAUAAGUUCGGCUCCACCUCCAAACUCACCAAGAGGAAAAACAAAGAUCUCAAAAAGACCUUACCUGAGGAUGUUCAGAAAAUCUACAAGACCUUCCGGAAUUACUCCCUGGAUGAAGAGAAGAAAGAGGAGGAGACAGAAAAGAUGUGUAACUCUGACAACUCCAGCACAGCCAUGCUGACGGAAUGUAUCCAGCAGCAAGCUGAAAUGGAGAAUGGAAUGGUACCCAUGGACACCAAAGACCAGGAGCUAGAGAACAACUCAUUACUUGAAGACAGAAACUAAAUGUUAAAGACAUUGAGUUGGGUUAAGUGUUUUUUUUUUUUUUUUUAUUUUUGUUGUUGUUAUUUUUUUUUAUAUUCACACUGAGACAUGUGCCUUAAACAGAUUUGUUAGUCCAAAAUUACAUAGCAUUGAAGAAUAUAUUUCACUGUGCCAUAAAUGACUGAAAGCUUGCUCUGCCAAAAUGAAUCAAAGAACAAGAACUUCAUUUCAGAUAGCAGCUGCAGGACACACAGGGGCGUUUGCACACAUAGUGGGUCACAGCUUUCCAUGUGCGUAGAAUUCCCAUGGCAAUGCUGUACCCUGGGCAAUAGCGCAUCCCUGGCAUGGCACAUGGACAAGGGCAGCUAUUCCUUAGACCAGCCACCUUUAAAGGAACAGGUGUGUCUUUAAAUGGAGUCUCCAUUCCUGAACCUACCCUUAGUGACGGGUCACACACAAGAAGGGUGGCUGUUUGCAGGUGAACUGGUAACUCUAGCUAGCGCUUGAGUUGACACUUUGGCAUGUGCUCUGAGUUUGAAUUUUGAUACAGACCAUUCAGUGCAUAACAUCCACUGUUCUUGAGCUCCAAAUGAGUUGUCCUUGGGACCCAAGAGUAUCAGGGAUUUGUUGGAAGCAGAUCAGAGCACAAGUUUUAAAAGGUGCAAUUGCUUUUCUCAUUACA